CCCGUUCUCUCUGUCAGUCUAACCCCACACACAGCCAGCAGCCAUGGACGCCAUCAAGAAGAAGAUGCAGAUGCUCAAACUGGACAAGGAAAAUGCCUUGGACAGAGCGGAACAGGCUGAAGCAGACAAGAAGGGAGCAGAGGACAAGAGCAAACAGCUGGAGGAUGAACUUGUAGCAUUGCAGAAGAAACUAAAAGGUACUGAGGAUGAGCUGGACAAAUACUCUGAAGCCCUGAAAGAUGCCCAGGAGAAGCUAGAACUUGCCGACAAGAAAGCCACUGAUGCUGAAGGAGAUGUAGCCUCAUUGAACAGGCGCAUCCAACUGGUAGAGGAGGAGUUGGAUCGUGCUCAGGAGCGUCUGUCCACAGCUCUUCAGAAACUGGAGGAGGCUGAGAAGGCUGCAGAUGAGAGUGAGAGAGGUAUGAAGGUCAUUGAAAACAGAGCCCUGAAGGAUGAAGAGAAAAUGGAGCUGCAAGAAAUCCAGCUGAAAGAGGCCAAGCACAUUGCUGAGGAGGCUGACCGCAAAUAUGAAGAGGUCGCUCGUAAGCUGGUGAUCAUUGAGGGUGAUCUGGAACGUGCAGAGGAACGUGCUGAACUUUCAGAAAGCAAAUGUGCCGAGCUUGAGGAGGAAUUGAAAACUGUUACCAACAACCUGAAAUCUCUGGAGGCCCAGGCAGAGAAGUACUCCCAGAAGGAGGACAAAUAUGAAGAGGAAAUUAAGGUUCUUACAGAUAAACUGAAGGAGGCUGAAACACGUGCUGAGUUUGCAGAGAGGACAGUAGCCAAGUUGGAAAAGUCCAUUGAUGAUUUAGAAGAUGAGCUGUAUGCUCAGAAACUGAAGUACAAAGCCAUCAGUGAAGAACUGGAUCACGCUCUCAAUGACAUGACUUCAAUAUAAAAUGCUUUGCUUCCAAUGGUCACCUCUAUCCCACCUGGGUUGGAUAAUCCUCUCUGAGCUGUCCUUUUUAUCCCAGUCUCUUCUUGGGAACCUUUCAAACUGUCCUGCUGCAUUAAACAAGAAUCACUUUUCUGUUGUACAGACACUCUGUAAAAUAAAGGACCCACUGUGUAUUUUCUCUCGCCUUUCCUGCAUUAUUUAUUGCUUUAAUCUUUUAAUAGAACAUUUA